AUGGAAGAAAUUGCUGAUGUCUUUGCAGAGGAAGAAGAAGAAGAGAAAGCUGAAUGUGAAAAUAUAAAAAAUGCAUUAGAAAAAAGGCUAAACCUAAAUGAACCAUUUAAUACUACCGGAAUGUUAGAAAA